AUGGACCCCUUCUCGAUCGUAGUCGGUGCCGUAGCACUCACAGAAGCCGCGAACAAACUCGCUGGCACCCUCACAGACCGUUACCAAGCCUUUCGCUCAGCGCCGAAACAAUUGAUUGAGAUCGCUGGUCAAGUCACAUUAUGCGCAGGUCUUGUUGAUGUUUUCGCCAAAAGUGUCGAUAGCGCAGGGCAGAGCUUCCCGAGAAAGUUCGAGCAGGAUGCUGCGGCGUUGGUGAUGCAGUGUAGGGUUAUUCUCAAGGAAAUUGAUGAGAUGAUACCGCCAGGUUCCAAGAAGCCUGAUUACCAACAACGGCUGAAAUAUGCCUUUUGUGACGAGAAGAAGAUUGUAAAACAGCAAGAUCGGCUCAAGCAAGUCCAGCAUAUGUUCAUGUUCAUGACGACUUGCUGGAUGUAUCAACUUCCAUCUCCUCAGACAGGUCCACCACUUCACUCAGGCCAAGCUCCACGGCAACCUACUUCCUUGACGGCUUCUACCACGCCGUCAGGCAGUCUUCAGUCCGCGACGAGUCAAAAUCCCAUGCAAUUCAGCAUGAAAGGAUUUGGUGGGAUAUAUGGAAAUGAAGACUAUGAAGCUAUUCUGACACUAACUCUAAUCCGGCAACCUCUAGAUAUCAGUAGACCUUUGAAAACAGAACGUGAGAAGGUUUCUCAAGGACGAGAAAGGAUAACCAUAUCAGACACACAGAAAGAUAGUCUGGAAAAUAUGCGGCGAAGUCCAUAUUUUUCGUUGGGCUUGCUGAGACCACCGGUAGAGACCGAAAGGUACUCUAGGACUGCAGAAGAUGCGGCUCUGCGGAUGCAAGAAGAGAAGAUCAGAAUCGUGAAGGAGCAGGUAGAAGAAGAGAAGAGAAGGUUGGAGAUGUACAGGAUGGAAGAGAGAAGUAAGAUAGAGAUGAAAGGAGACUCGAAGUCCAGUAAAGACUCAGAGAGGAAAGAUAAAUUGGAAGAGAAGGAGAGGGAUGAAGAAAGACGGGACUUUGAACCCAUAUCAAAGAAGCAGGCUGAGCGAGAUGUUGGAAACAUAAUUUCUGGGUGGUUUUCCGACAACAAUGAAGAGUCGUACUCUUACAGUAUGUCAAGAUAUCCGCCGUCCAAGAAAGCAUACCCAGUCCAAGACGAAUACCGCCCCACAUCAAACUACUCACAGUCUCCACACCCAAAUCCAAUCGCGCCAAUAAUUAAGGAGACUUCAUAUCCUCGUCCGUCUCCUAGCAAUGCUCCAAAACCGGUCUCCUCGACUUCCACGAGUCCCCUGCCACAGGUACGGGUAGUGGAUGAUUGGGAUUGGCGCUGUGACGGAUGUGAUAAGAAGUUUUACUAUCAUGAUCUGCGGUACAAGUGUCAGGAUUGCUCAAACUUUGAUUUCUGUCCAAGCUGUUUUCCAAAUGUUUGGCAUCAGCAUCCGACAAGUAGUUUUGUCGAGCGUUCUGUUUGA